UCUAAUCUCUGCGAGUGCUUUGCUCUGUUGUGUUGCUCUGUGUUCUGCUCUGACAGUGUUUCUCAACACCGGUUUAUUAUUUAAACUGACUUUACAUUAUUACACAUGUUUUGACAGAAACGUCAUUAGUUAUGGAUUAUCCGGACGAUAAGGAGAAUUUCGGGUCAGUUUAACAGCAGAAGUUACCCUGCGUCACUGAGGAACCCUGCUGGCAUGGCUGCGCUGAGGUAAGAACUGCUUGGGAAUGCUGUGGAAUGUUGGGAAUGUCGGAGAAGAGCCUCCACCCUGCUCACUCUUCCUGCUCUCCUCAAACUCAACUAGAGCUUCAUUUAUAACUUUGAUAGUUUUCUCCUCAUGUCAGCAGGUCCUCGCUGCUGGGAGCGCAUGAAGAAGAGAACGAGGCCCAUCAGAGGUGCAUGAUGGUCUAGCUCCUCCCACUCCUUCAGGAUGUUGGUCUCCAGUAGUAACGGCGGGCGAGCGCUGACUCUGAAGGGUGUGGAUCCCGAAACAUGCAUGAUCGUCUUCAAAAACCACUGGACACAGGUUUUGAGGAUCCUGGAGAAGCACGACCCGGGCCGCGGCGGAGGCGUCGGUCUGCGGUUCGGCCCGAUCCCGGGCGACGAGGCGAGCGCCGUGCAGAACUACGUGGAGCACAUGCUGUUCCUGCUGAUGGAGGAGGAGAGCGGACAGGCCGGGGCCAUGGGGACCAUCCUGGAGUUCGUGGUGGUGGAGAACGUGAUGGAAAAGCUGUUUCUGUGGAGCCUGCGGCGGGAGUUCACCGACGACAUGAAGCUGGAGCAGCUGCGCAUGUACAAGAUGUUGCUAGCUCAAGCCAAACAACCCCUGCUACACCACAAACCCAUCCUCAAACCUCUGAUGAUGCUGCUGUCCGCCUGCUCCAGCUCCUCCACCGUGGGGCCCACUGCUCCUGGUAAAGGCUCCUGCACCGUGGGGCCCACUGCUGGUAAAGGCUGCAGCUCCUCCACCGUGGGGCCCACUGGUCCUGGCAAAAGUGGCAGCUCCGCAACAGGGCCCACCUCCACCAUGGGGCUCACUGCUCCUGGCAAAAGUUACAGCUCCUGCACCGUGGGGCCCACUGCUGGUAAAGGCUGCAGCUCCUCCACCAUGGGGCUCACUGCUCCUGGUAAAGGCUCCUGCACCGUGGGGCCCACUGCUCCUGGUAAAGGCUCCUGCACCGUGGGGCCCGGCUGCACCGUGGAGGCGGAGCUGGUGUCUCUGCUGCAUCAGCUGUGUCGUGUGCUGGUGAAGGAAGCCUCCGUGCUGGAGCUGUUCUUCCACAGCAGUCAGGAUCAGGGAGCCGCAAACUUCCUGCUGUUCUCGCUCCUCAUUCCCUUCAUCCACCGCGACGGGACGGUCGGCACGCAGGCCAGAGACGCCCUCACACUCAUCAUGAGCCUCUCGUCUCAGAACGCCUUGGUGGCCAAACACAUCGUGGAGAACACGUACUUCUGCCCGGUGUUGGCUACAGGUCUCAGUGGUCUGUAUUCGGGUCUGCCGGCUAAACUGGAGGUGUACAGCGACGGCUGGUUCUGUCUGGAGGAGCACGACUGGCUGCAGGUUCCAGCGCUGUUCCAGUUCCUCAACUCACUGCACUUCUGCUGCACCGUCUGCAAGGUGGCUCACCCGUCUAUCAGAGAUCAGCUUCUGGGCUACAUCUAUAAUGGUUUUCUAGUGCCUGUCAUGGCUCCUGCGCUACAUAAGUUGACUCUGGAGGAAGUGAUGACGACGACGGCGUAUCUGGAUCUGUUCCUGCGCAGCAUCUCUGACUCCGCCCUCCUGCAGACCUUCCUCUUCUUCAUCCUCAGGCAUCGCCAUGACAACGUCAACAUCCUGGACACACUGGUCAGCAGGAUCAACACUCCGUUUCAGCUAGGUACGGUCUCUCUGGCUCUGUUCCGCACUCUGAUUGGUCUGUAUUGUGAAGACGUCAUGUUGCAGUUGAUUCUCAGGUAUCUGAUCCCCUGCUCUCACCUGACGUGCGCUGAGAGACACCGACUGAGAGAGAGAGACUGUUACUCCGUCACUGCGUCAUCACUUCUCUCUCUCACUCCCUCGUUCUUCAUUCCCAAACCCUCUCUGGCUCCGCCCCCCAAACCCGACUACAUCCUCUGGUCUAAGGUCACCGAGGGCCUGCUGAGGGGGAACAUGGGAAUGGAGGAUCUGUUCUCCGGUGGCGACAGCGUGGGAUUUUCCCGAAUAACGUCGUCCGAGCCCUUGAUGGAUAAGAACUAUCUCCAUUACCUGUACGACGGCCGCAGGGCCGUGUGUAUCGGCGUCCAGGCGUGUGUCGUGUGGUCGAAUCCCUACGACGGUCUCAAUCCGCCACCGGACGAGUACGAGGAAGAGGACGAGAGUCUUCCUCUCUCAACUCAAACACACACACCCCACCCGGCGUCUGAAACCAGCGAACGAGUCGAGCUCGAGUGGGACGACACUUUCGACGCCUCGCCUGACGAAGAGCCGAUCCCAGAAAACACGAUCCCGGACGAGCCCCCGAAACACAUUCAAGAAAUGCGUAAAAGCGCAAUCAUGCUCAUUAAAGGAUCUUACAUCGAGGAGUCCGACUUUCAGGACGACGUGCUUGUUUAUAAUCUCAUCGCGCAGAAAGACGCGCGAGACGACCGGCGGAUAUCCGUUAAAAACGGUUUGAACAAACCUGCGCACGCUAAUCACAUGACUAGCGAUGCUAACCCAGGUAAUUAUGAAUCUGAGCCGCUCGCUUUCACGAACGGAUAUGCUUCUGAAGAACCGAACCUGGAGCUUGAAGCCGAAGCUAAUAAUCUGGAGGAGAUUAGCAUCGAGAGCAAGGCGCCCGCCGACGACUUUAUCUCGCAGUGCGUCGAGCUCAUUCGAGAUCUGGGCGGAGGGGAAGACGAGGAGGAGGAAGAGCACGAGCGGUGGAUGUGUGAGGAGGAUUUCAGCUCUCUCUGUGACGAUCAUGACGAUGAAGAAGAUGACGAGGAACCGAGCAGAAACCACAGCGAGAAACACUCGUUUACAGGGCCGUUCAUCAGCGUCCUGCUGUCUCGUCUGGAGAACAUGCUGGAGAACUCGAUCGAGGUUAAUCUGCUGGUGACGGGGCUGUUAGCUCAUCUGGCCUCGUUCCCACAGCCGCUGCUGAGAGGCUUUCUGCUGAACACCCGACCCGGCCGGCGCUCGCUCUACCAGGUUCUGCAGUCGGUGUGUGUUCAGAUCGAGCAACACGCGGCGUCCCAUCCCGAUUUCCCCGAACUGGUCCGUGAAGCCGCCCAGUACCUGCUGCUCAAAGACCAGGCCUUAAAAGAGCAAGAGAGAGAGGCUCACCUGCAGGAUAAUCACGGCACCGGCUGGUUCCUGAACGGACACGUCCCGGGUCGUCCCCGCAAGCCUCUCCCUCCGUGUCCCCGGGUCCCUCCGGCCCUGCGCCACAGGGUGUUCGCCACCUUCCUGUUCGCCGAGUUCCUGAAGGAGCUGGCGGCCAUCGCUCAAGAGCACGCCAUCGUCCCGGAGGAGUGAAGCCGUGAACCGCCGUGAGACAAACGCAGACGCAUCUCUCGUUCUCUCCCGGUCGUGUGUCGGCCAAUGUGUCGCUUGACCACUCAGACUUAUUAACCCUUGUGCAUCAAUUAAAAAAAGUUACACAUAGAUAAAAAGAGGACAAAAAUGUCCGUGUCAAAAA